GCGCGUGCGUUUGCGCGAGCGUGCGUGCAGCGCUACUCCAGACCGCGCACACUAACUACCGCAGUCCGGACGAGAGACGGUGUACGGUCACUACUGCACACGUCGCGCGCGAGUUGCCCGCCACCGAACGACCGAUCGAAAAUAGACGUUUUUCCGCGUUGCACAAACCGCGGUAUUUUGUUUUUUUUCUCUCGCGUACGUCCGUCGUCGUCCCCGUCCGCGCCGCCCGCGUUUGUCCGGACCCCGUCGCCGCACACGAACACGCACACACGCACACGCUCACCGGUUCGCGCGUCCCACAAGUCGUUUUUCUCUCGACGUUUAUCGCGUUUUUAUGAGUUAGACUGAUCGCGGAACACGGGGUUCCCCCGUACCCCCCCGAACGGAUUUUCACAACCACCUCGUCGACGGCGUCUAAUCGCGCGCGCGAUAGUCACACGAUACGGGUAAGAACCACCACUGUGUAAUUAUUUUACCAAGCGAACGGCAGACGAGGCGCGCCAGGUGCGUUUUUUUAUUUUUUAUUUUUUUGGUUUUUUUAUUUCGUCGGAUUUUUCGUUUACGUCUUACGCCCCCCCACCGACCACACGCGGGUCGGCACAGCAAAACACCGCCGCCGCCGCGCCGUCAAUCGUUACUAAGUGUACGCUCGUCGGUCGCGCGAUGUUGGUCGCUAUGACUGCGAUGCUCGUGUCCGUGGCAGAAUUCUCCAAUAUACUGUCCGUUUUGGCGGUGCUCAUGUGCUUCUGCGCCAUGUUCCUGCUGAUCAUGAGGAAUAUGACAGUAUUUUGGCUGCACGGCGAAGAACUAAUGUUUGGUGGUAAUGCAGUACAUCCUGUUCAACAAAGGAUACCUCAGAUGAAAAUGAUGAAAGUCCACAUACCGUUCACAUUUAAAUUACAUGAGACAUCUAAUUCUUCAUACUCAGAUCUUCGAUGCACGAUCUCGAGCCAAGUUCCAUACACAUUGCAAGCAUUUUGGGGCGUUUCUAUCCGGGAACUUCAUCAUUUCCUGUGGAAAGCAUGGAGCUCAUUUCAAACAGCCGUCAACGACGAUUCAUUACUCCGUGGACAUUACCAACAUUGCGGAUUAACUUUGCACGAAACAAGCCAUACCGAAAAAACUAUUCAGAUGUUUAUGCCGGAGGGAAAAUUGGAUUUGGGAACACCCCCUCGACAUUGCUAUCCUUUGGUUAUAUUCCUCAUACGUGACACUCCCGAAAAUUCUACUUUACAUCCAGACGAGACGGUAGCAUUGGUGAAUGUAGUACAUAUCCGGGAUAACGUUUGCACGUUACCCACUAACAUUUUGGCGCAGUACCUGAAACAAGCGAAUGGACAAUUGUCAUCAUUAAAGCAACUGUAUUUGGCCACCGGCAACGCUCUCAGUUACCAAGACGAUGCCUGCAGCGAUGACGCGUCACAGAGAGCUGUCGUUUUGGACAACAGCAGUGGCACCUUCAGCACUGGCCAGGAACAACUAUGCGUCGUAUGCCAAUACUACCCACUGUCCAGAGCCCUGUUGCCAUGCCGUCACACGUGCAUAUGCGCAUCUUGCUUCGGCAAGCUGGAGACUUGCCCGAUGUGCCGCAGUCCGAUCAAGAGCUACUUCUGCGUGCGCAACGAAGAUUAUUUGGCCGAUUGCGCGUUGGGCCUAGAGAAAACGGGAGCGUCGGCCAAACGGCAGGCGUUUUCCCAGUGGAUUCAAAAUAGUAUUACGGAAUUUCUCGGCCUACAUUAGGUCUCCACCCACACGCCCACACCCUUAACAUCCCGUUCACCCUCCUCUCACGCCAUCAUCGCCUCCAUAAAUCCCGAAUUUCUUCUCCCAGGGUCCCAAUCAUCCUCUUCAUCACUCUUAACUCGAAUCAGUUGUUUACCGUUAACAUACAUUUUUACACAUAACCUAAACAGAUACUCACAAACACAUCAAUCGGUUUAUAACAACUAUUUGUCGUAUGCGAAUAGGAUACAGGAUUUUGAGGUAUAUCCUACAAUUAAUUCCUCAUCUCUAUAUAAUGUAAAUUAAUCUAUAUACAAACUAAAAAAUAUAAAAAGCGAAAAUAAUAUACCUCAACUUAUGUAUGUAUAUGUUUGUGACCUUCUGUCCUUUCCAUUUUAUUUAUUUAGAUAUUAUGCAUAAAUAUUAUUAUAUUUAUAAUGCUACAUAAAUCGGUCUGGCAAUGAGAUAUAACCAAAGACACGUUUGUCACAGUGGUGUAAAAUGUCUAUUUACGAAAAAAAAAAAAAUGUUGACCUGCUAACGCUUAGCACGGUGUUGGUGGUGUGAAAUGAUGAGCUAUAUUACAAACGAAAAGAACAUAUUGUGUAGAGACGCUAGUCGAGCAAGUUCUUUAUACUUCCAGAACCACGAAACGAACGAAUAUAAUAAUAUUCUCUAUUUUAUGAAUUUAUCACAGUUGUUUCUCCCCUCCCCCUAUAUAACAUAUCUUUUGUUAUAGACUUAUUUAUCACAGAAAAGUUCCUUAUACAUAAUAUAUGUUAUACUAUAUAAUAUUCGUAAAUAUUUUAUUCUCUCGAAAAAAACUAUACGUACAAUAACACUUAACUGUUUAAAUUUCAAAAUUGCAUGUACGUAAAUUUAAAAUUUAUGAAAUAACAAUAAUCUUCCAUAGUAUAAUUGUUGACGUGCUAUCGCUCUGCAUUUAUAAAAGCUAUUUUUAUUAUCUUCCGAGUGUAUAAUAUAAUUAUAAUGGUCUAUAAUUUUUAUAUUAAAUCAUCAUUAUUAUUAUUAUUAUUAUUAUUAUUAUUAUUAUCAUUAUAUUAUUAUUAUUAUUAUUAUUACAUAUUUAUAUUGUGUGCAUAUUGUCCGGUAACUUGCCGCUCUCCUCAAAAGAAAAAUCUUCGGGUUUAAUAUUUUGAAGAGGUUUAGCUAGAAGCCGAGCAAUAAAUUUAGUUAUUAUCAUUUUAUACAUUAUUUUAAUUUGUAAUAUUUUUUCCUUUUCGUUUUAUAUUAUUCCCUUAAUUCUUGUAUUUAUCAAUUUCUCGUUGAAAUAUUGCAUAUGAUCAUAAACUAUGCGACAUCAAUAAUAUGCCGUUAUAUUAUUUUUAUAUUGUAUUUUUAUGAUUGUAAUAAUAAAAUUAUAUAAAUGUAUAAAAACAUAUUAUAAUGUAUGUAUGACGCAUGCCUAUAAUAUAAUAUACAAAACACACAAAUUCUCAUGUAGUUAAGAAAUGUUGCUCGGUCCUUACUCUCUUAUACCGACCUCAAAGUAUUGAAACAAAUGUUUGUUAGAACACUGACCAUCAUAUUAUAGAAAUUUCCCAACUUAUAUAAGAAACGCACAUAUUAUACGAUUAUGAAUUUAUGAAUGAUACAUUAAAUACUCCUAGUUGUAUUUGUUGAUCUACAAAACUGUAUUGUUUUAAUUUAAUUUUAGUGUUUACCGUUGUGGUGAAUUUAUAUAAAUAGUUUAAGAUGUAUUAACAUUAAGAAAUUUGCAGUGUUUCCUCUUAAAACAAAGAGAGUCUGUUAAGAUUUUAUGAUAACUUAGUUAUUACCUAAUUUGUUUAUGUUUAAUAAUUCACUCGGUUGGGCUAAGAUGGCAAUGUACUAAAGUGUUUUGUCGUGAAACAUCACUAACAUAAUUCUAAUUAUUAUGAUUUUAUUUUAUUUUAUUAUUUUUUUUUUUUUUUUUUGUAUGCCUAUGAAAUUGAAUGUGUGAUUGUGAUUAAAUAAAAAUGAUUCAAAUAACUUUUUUUCGACUAA